AUGGUCACUCCUUUCCUUUGGAAACUUGUCUUCUCAGCAAGUUCUGCACUCGUUACCUUCGGAUGUUGGAAGCUAGUCUGGCGCAACCUAAGGUCGCCCCUGCGCGCAUUGCCAGGCCCCAAAGGAACAAGUUGGAUAUAUGGCAACUUGAAGGAAAUCUUCGUCGCGGAGAACUCAGUGCUUCAUGAGCAAUGGUUGAAGGAGUACGGGACAACCCUGAAGUAUAAAGGAUUCUUAUAUUCAGACCGAUUGUUCACGAUGGAUACUCGCGCACUGAACCAUGUUCUCACUCAUAGCAGCGAUUACCAGAAACCGUCACAAGUCCGGUAUAAUCUUUCUAGAAUUUUAGGCGAAGGUGUCCUAUUUGUUGAAGGGGCUCAACAUCGUCAGCAGAAUCCCGCUUUUGGACCUGCUCAGAUUCGCGCAUUAACUGACAUCUUCCUCAGCAAAUCAAUCAAGGUAAGCUUGAUCUGUUUCUCACUAGAUAUGGGUCUUCGAGACAUCUGGUCUACCAUGACCGCUGCCAGUAAACAUGCUACUCGAAUAGAUAUCAUGCCCUGGCUGAGUAAAAUGACGUUGGAUGUCAUCGGGCUUGCAGGUUUCAACUAUGAAUUUGACUCCCUGAAUGCAACCGAGAAACCAAAUGAACUUAACCAGGCCUUCUCGGUUAUGUUUUCUGCCAGUCAGCAGAUGGGCGUCCUCCCCAUGCUUAAGGCACGGAUUCCAUUACUCCGAUGGAUCCGCUCUGAUGCCGAUCGCAAGAUAGAUGCCGCCCAAAAGACAAUGGGUCGCAUUGGCCGCCAGCUGCUGAAUGAUGCUAAAGCUGCUGUUAUAUCAUCUCAUGGCAUCGAAAAAGGUGGUACCAUUGAGAAGAGCAGUCUUCAAGGGCGUGAUUUACUUACCCUACUUGUCCGUGCCAACAUGGCAACCGAUAUCCCGGAGAACCAGAGGAUAUCUGACGAGGAUGUGCUCGCGCAGGUCCCGACUUUUUUGGUCGCAGGACAUGAGACCACGAGUACGGCAACGACAUGGGCCCUCUAUGCGCUCUGCCUACGUCCAGACUUUCAAACCAGGCUCCGGCAAGAACUCUGGACUGUGGAGACCGAGACUCCAUCCAUGGACGAACUCAUGGCGCUCCCGUAUCUUGACGCGGUUGUGCGUGAGACACUUCGCAUUCAUGCUCCCGUCCCUAGCACAGUUCGCAUCGCGAUGAAAGAUGACAUCCUCCCAUUGGACACGCCUUUUAAGGACAAAUAUGGAGUGGCUCAUGACGGGAUCAAUUUAAUCCUGACCGGUGGGCAAUCACCUCCAGAUCUAGCAUCGCAAAUUCCUGGGGUGUGGGGACACCUCAUGACGUUCCUCGGUGGCCCGCGCGCCUGUAUUGGUUACCGGUUUUCUUUAGUGGAGAUGAAAGCUCUCCUGUUUACCCUAGUUCGGGUUUUCGAGUUUGAGCUUGCUGUUCCUGCUUCGGACAUCGGAAAGAAGUCGAUGAUCGUGCAGAGGCCGAUCUUGCUCAGCGAUCCUGAGAACAAGAACCAACUUCCCCUGCUGGUCAAGCCAUAUUGCAAGACCUCAGGACUUCUAUAA